AUGUUAGAGAUGCCAAACAAGGAUCAUCAGUUGGUGGAGGAUAUGAUGGCCAACUGUGGAAUGGAUGUCGACAGACUACCAUGCACUGCACCUCCAGUAGAGGAAGGGAUGGACAUGAGUCAUGCAGGUGGAGAAUAUGAAGCCUUUAAAGGACUCGCUGAGAAAAUAGCGGAUGUCAGUGGCUAUCGCUAUGUUGAUCUCCGCACUCGACAGGACUGA